UACAAACCCGGGAAAUUAAAUCAGCCUGUAAAUAUGAUAUUUCAAAGGGUUUUAAUAGUUCACGGACCUUCAUAAAUAGCAACACAACUCAACAGGCCGAUACCAGUGGUUACAAAAAGAGUAAAAGAAUUAAAAUUCUUCAGAAAGAUGGAAUCAAAGAUCAUUAUUGUUCCGUUUUUGUGAACGUCACUACUAAGAAAGACAAUCCUGAGAGUGAUAACCAACACAUCUCAAGUCCGAAAUCAUCGAUCACAAUAUUACUUAAUAGAUUCAACACCAGUACAGUUAAUGUGAAUUUAAAUAAGGUUUUUGACAUCAUAGACGAGUGCAUUGCUGAAAACAACUGUCAGGUAUUUGCAAACGUGCAGAGGCGUUUUGGUACUUUGUUAUGUGUACUUUUACAUGAACAGUCCAUUUGCGUCGUCCUUAAAUGUGAAUUACCAAUUUGCAAUAACGACAACGUCGUGGAAAAAAACCAUGCGUUAGAAACAAUGUCGUCACUGGAAACAAUUUGGAACCAUUGGAAAGAGGAAAUCCUGCUCGCCUUAACUGGAGUUUUACUGUUCAGUGGAAUAAUGGGGUUCCUGAUUGGAGUAUGUUCUUCAUGCUACAGAAAGGACAAGACGACCAAAAGACAUAAAACUAAAACAUCAUCAGUAUCUUUAACUUCUGAACUUUACGCAGAAAUUGACGAAGCUUCAAACGAAAUAUUAAAGGGUCCCGAACAAAGCAGUGCAAGUCAAACUACACUCAAUGCAGAUAUAGAUCACAGACCUCCGUGUGAUUGUAAUCAAAGAAGCAACAGUGAACACGACUACAGUCACGUGUACAACACUCUACAACCAAAUUACGGCUCCAACAGGCUUUCUCAUCCGGGUCUUAGUUCACAAACAACCUUAGAAAUAACAUACCCCUAUCGGCAAUGUCGAAGUCUCCAAAAUCUCUCAGAUCAGAACCUGAUACAGUGGAGAGCGUCCAAAAUAUCUGUAUGACGUAUAAACUGCUAAAACGAGAUUUUUCUAACAUCCUACAAAGUUGCUACAAAUCCAAUAAUGUGCCACUUGAACGAUGUGGACUAGCAUUGCCGUAUAUAUAGCAGUGUAUUUUUUUAUUUAGAUAAUUAUAUGCACGUGUUAUGGUGUAUUUUAUGAUUAUAUGAUGAAUAAUUAACUUUAAUCAAUAUCUUCAUCUUAUUCAGAAAAAAAAAUAAAUGUAUCUGUAAAUAUGAAUAGUGUGUUGUAUGCCUUAAAGUCAAGACUAAUUCUUACCCAAGCUAUCAAGACUCUACUGUCGUCUCUAUCAAGGAAUCAUAACAGUGUAGAAUUUUCUAUCUUUUGGCCGAAAGUGUUUCCAGCCUUCAUGUAAGUUUACACAAAAUCGAGGCUUGUCUGUGAAUAACGCUGAUUGACAGUGUAGUUGUUGCCAUAUUUUGAAUUGCUUGAAGUCUGACCUCGUUCUGGAGUGUUCCGGUGAAACUCUGAAAAGGAUUGGUGGAUCUUAUGGGCAAUUUGAACGUUAUGUUUCCCUGUAUAAAUCUUGGUUAUACAAUUUCUAAUGACAUAUUACUUACAUGCAUACACUGCACAUGAUAUUGAUAUUUUGAUCUAUUAUUAGGUAAAUAAAAAAAAAUCUAACGGGAUUAUUUCAAAAACUCAAAUGUGUUCAUUCUUUGUUUAUAUUUAGAUGAGAAGCCUAGAUUUCAUGUUGUACGGUGAACCGUUUUAUAUACUCACAUUGCUCGCGUCUUGCACUGGAUUCUUUUAUGUAUUCAUUUUACCCGUGUAUUCCACUGAACUAUGUUGUGUUUUACAUUAUGUCUAUUCGCUAUAUCCCGGCGAACUUGAGUCUUCUAUAUUUGCUUCAUAUUUAUAUAUCUAUUGAACAAAAAUGUCAGCAGCAACCUAACAACUCAACUUGGUGACAAACGGGAUGACUUCAGAUUCUCUAUCGUCAGCUUCCCCUAUUUAUGUAGUAAUAUCCCAGUAUCACCUGCAUAUGGUUUUUAUGUUUUAUAACUGAUUAGAUACGCAAGAACACAUGCGUAUGAUUUUUUUCUUCAAAUCAUAGCAGGCUACUGACAAAAGUUUAUUUAAGAAAGUUGAUAUUACAGGGGUUUCAAAAAGUAUCAUACAAUACAUUUGGCACUUAAUAAAUUAACUGGUCUUUAUAAUGAUGCAAUAUGUAAACACAGGCUAUAACUGGAUUGAACAUUGUCUGGCAUGUUUCAUACCAACUGUUAGGUCAUUAUUUCCAUACUAAUCUUGACUGCAGAUUACUCCGUUUAUCUGAUACAGAUAUACAACGUGCGACGGGAGUAACUGGUCAAUAGGGACAUUUGCUCCCACUACUGAACUUUGUCCAAGGGUCUGUGUUUAUCCUUUCCUUAAUUCUGUAUUCUUUAUACGAUUCCUUAGAUGGAUUACUGUUUCGUUAUCUUCACUUGUUCAUCCACUUGUUUAUCGUUAUUCACAUUUCUCAUAUAUUACACUGAAUUGCUAUGUAUUCACAUUUCUCAUAUAUUACACUGAACUGUUAUGUAUUCACAUUUCUAAUAUAUUGAAAUGAACUGUUAUGUAUUCACAUCCCUCAUAUAUUGCACUGAAUUGCUUUUUGUAUUCACAUUGCUCAUGUAUUACAUUGUUUAUGUAUCAAUAUUGUUUGCUUACCACACUGAAUUGUUUUAUGC